AUGAGAAUUCACACCGGAGAGAAACCUUUCACAUGUGAUCAGUGUGGGAAGAGUUUCAGACAAGCAAGCGCUUUUAAAACACAUCUGCGUUCUCAUUCAGGAGAAAGACCAUAUAACUGUGAUCAGUGUGGUAAAACCUUUCUUAGGACAGAUGGCCUGAAGUGCCACCUGAGAGUUCAUACAAAGGAGAAGCCUUACAUGUGUUCUUUGUGUGGAAAGAGUUUUAGUCAUCUGAGUCAUUUAAAUGUACACCAGAAAAUACACAUUGGUGUGAAGAAUUAUAUGUGCUUUGAUUGUGGAAAGACCUUUAUUACAAAUGUUGAACUGAAACUGCACCAGAAAAUUCACACUAGAGAAAAACCUUAUAAGUGUUCACACUGUGACAAGAGAUUCACUCAGUUAACUUCUCUGAAACAACAUGAUAGGAUCCACACUGGAGAAAAACCUUAUAAGUGUUCAAACUGUGAGAAGAGAUUCAGUCAGUUAUCAUCUCUGAAAUCACAUGAUAGGAUCCACACUGGAGAAAAACCUUAUAAGUGUUCAAACUGUGAGAAGAGAUUCAGUCAGUUAUCAUCUCUGAAAUCACAUGAGCGGAAUCACACCGGAGAGAAACCGUAUCACUGCUCUCCAUGUGGCAAGAGUUUCACUCAUUCAGCUUCUCUACUCUAUCAUACAAAAAACAAAUGUCUGAAAUCAUGA